GCUCUCAUAGUAUUAGCAAUGGCCCGGCAGCUUGCAGGUGCAAUUAUUGCCGCCUUGGUGGUGGUGAUGGUGGUCUCAGUGGUGCGCACAGCCGCCGCCUCUGCACCUGCGCCGCUGCCGCUGCCGCCGCCGCCGCCGCACUCCCAAGUUAUCAACCCGGGACAAUUCAAGAGGAACCAGGACACAGCGUGCUAUGACUACAAGAAUAAGAAACCAGGCUGUGUGGCCAAGUGCAAAAAGCCAUGCCCCAACCAGUGCAUCGUCCUCUGCCCCAGCUGCGAGACAUUCUGCAUAUGCGAGUUCUACCCCGGCAUGUCCUGCGGCGACCCGCGCUUCACCGGCGGCGACGGCAACAACUUCUACUUCCACGGCAAAAAGGGCCACGACUUCUGCAUCCUCACCGACGCCGGCCUCCACAUCAACGCCCACUUCAUCGGCAAGCGCAACCCCACCAUGCGCCGCGACUUCACCUGGAUCCAGGCCCUCGGCAUCCGCUUCGACGACCACCGCCUCUACAUGGCCGCCCAGAAAGCCGCCAAGUGGAACAGCGACGUCGAUCACCUGGAAAUGGCCUUCGACGGUGAGCCCCUUGCCAUCCCCGAGGAGAGCGGCGCACGGUGGGUGUCCACCGCCGUUCCGGGGCUGUCCGUCACGAGGACCGCCGCAACCAACGGCGUCAUGGUAGAGCUCAAGGGGGUCUUCGACGUCAUGGCCAACGUUGUGCCCAUCACUGAGGAGGACUCCCGCAUCCACAACUACGGCGUCACGGAGGAGGACAGCCUCGCGCACUUCGACCUCGGCUUCAAGUUCUACGACCUCACCGACGACGUGCACGGCGUUCUCGGCCAGACCUAUCGCCCCGACUACAUCAACCAGCUCGGCGUCAGCUCCAACAUGCCGGUUAUGGGUGGGGCGCCCAAGUAUGUCUCCUCCGACAUCUUCGCCACCGACUGCGCCGUCGCAACGUUCCGCGCGGCGCUCGCCGGCAUCUCCAUGGUCACCGCCCGGGCCUAGCUACUAAUAAUUAAAGUUACCUUAAUUCGCAUUGACGUCGACGCAACAAGAAUGACUCCACACGUUAAUCAUUUGGUAAGCAAUCGUGAGAGCAUAAAUAAAUGUGUCAACAAGUUAACUAGACACAGGGGAUGUUCACGCAAAAAAAGCCAUCUUUGCAAAGAAUAAUUGCAUCAUUAUUGCUAUUGUGUCGGAAUUAGCCGUCCAAUCCAUUUCUUUAUAAAUUACAUAUCGAGAUUGAAAAUUGUCUCGUUAUGCAGUUUUGUCU